CGUGAGGGAGAUGGUGGGGGAUUUGAAUCUUGAGUAGCCCCUGGACCAAAGCGGAAAGGAGACUGGAGCGGGAAAAGACGGUCUCUUAAUGUAUUAAAGGAGUGAAAGCAGAUGAAAUGAGCUGGGUUGUGGAAGAAUGGAAAGAAGGCCUUUCCACAAAGGUCCUUCACAAGAUUCAAGAACUUGAGAGUCAACUUGAGAAGCUUAGAAAGGAGAGACAGCAAAGGCAGUUUCAGCUGGAAUCUCUGGAGGCAGCUUUGCAGAAACAGAAACAGAAGGUUGAUCAAGAAAAAAAUGAAGGUGCAACGCUAAAGAGAGAAAACCAGAACUUGAUAGAACUGUGUGAUACUUUAGAAAACACCAGGCAGAAGCUUUCACAUGAACUGCAGGUGAAAGAAUCACAAGUGAACUUUCAAGAGGGACAACUUAUUUCAAGCAAGAAACAAAUUGAAAAGCUAGAACAAGAACUGAAAAGAUAUAAAUCUGAAAUAGAAAAAAGUGAGAAGUCCCUUGUUGCUGGAGAUGUGUCUUUCAGUACGCCACAGAAGAAUUUCAUUGGCUGUUCAACACCAAGUUAUAAUGAUUCAAGGUUUGAAGAACUGAAAGUAAAAUACAGUAAAGAAGCUGAAGAAAGGAAAAGACUGGAAGCAGAACUGAAGAGCCUGAAAUCCCAAAAAACCGGCAGUGUGCAUACUGAAAGUACCAUAAGUCGCAGAGAAAUUGCCCGGCAACAGGCUUCCUCAUCUGUCUUCUCUUGGCAACAAGAGAAAACACCAAGCCACCGCUCAUCCGACAGCCAAGAAACCACUGUAAGCCGUAGCUUGGCGGUGUCUCAUCUUCCUCAGGAAUCUGGGGCAACUCUGGGCCAAAAAGACGAAAAAUUGGCAAAGAAAGACUCCACCAGCUGUAGCAUCUUGGACAGUUGCAAGGACUCAUCGCUCACUGACCAGAUGAAAACACAGAACCAAGAAUUAAGAUCCAGAAUUACAGAACUGGAGCAUAAGUUGCAAAUUCAAGCAGAAGAAACUAAAUGCAACCUUACUAAGCUGCAGGAAACCCAGCUGCAACUGGAAAAUCUGAAAAUAGAAUUAGCAGGAAAAGAUAAAGAUCUAAAUAAGACCAAAAAUGAAGUGAACAGAAUUACAGCACAACUUGACCAGGCUAUCGCACAGUGCGCUGCAAAAGAGGACAAGGUGAAAAGGCUGUCCGAUGAGCUGAACUGUCAGAGGCAAAAUUCCGAAAGUGUCCAGCGUGCUUUGCAACAGAAGGUGAAAGAAAAGGAAAAGGAGUUCCAACAGGAACUCUCUAUCCAACUCAGCCAGGCCAAGAUUCAGCUGCAAGAGGAACUGCAUCAGGCCAAGAAGAGCUACAGUGUUCUUCAAACAGAACUUGAGAAAGAAGUAAAGAAGCAAAACAUCCUCCUUGACGGCCAGUCUGCACAACAAUUGCAAGAAAUUGGCCAGUUAAAAGAUGAACUCUGCAUAGCCAAGCAGCUUCUGCAGCAAAGUCAACAUUUUGCAGAAGAUAUGAAAAAUAAAAAUUUCUCACUGGAAAGAGAGUUAAAGUUUCUUGAAGAGAAAUUGAACAAGCAGGAAGAUCCUCUUACUCUAGAAAAAAUGAAACUUACUAUUUCUGACUUGGAAAAUGAACAAGAUUCUCUUUGGCAGCUCCUGAGGCAGAAAGACAACAUCAUUGAAGAGCUCAGUGUAAAACUGGAAGACCUGAAAAAGUUGCAGAACAUUCUUGUAGAAUGUGGAGAACUUAAAAAACAGAUUGAGAGUCUUUCCCAGUGGAAAAAAGAGAGUGAACAACUCUUGAACAAACAUGGUUUAGAAAAGGAAAGACUGAUGAGCAAAAUUAGCAGCCUGGAAAGUGCUUUGAUGACUGAACAGCUUAAAAGUCAUGACCAAAUAAGAGUUCUGGAUGGUGAAAAUAAAAGCCUUAGUGUGGAGGUGAAAAAUCUCAAAUGUACAGUGGAAGACAAAACAGCAGAACUAGAGGCACAAAGAAAAGUCCAUAAUGACCUUCAGCAAGAAGCAGCAGCAUCUGAGGCCAAACAUAGGAAAGAGAGAGAAAACAAUUUGCUGAAGUUAGCUGAGAUCUCCCAGCAUGUGGUUGUCUUACAGAAACAGCUUCAGUUGGCCGAAAAUGAAGCAUUAGAAAAAGGCAAAUGUAUUGCCUCUCUCGAAACAUCCUUAGCUUCCCAAGUACAGUUAAAUGAGCACUUUCAGAAACAGUCUGAAGAACUAGCCCAAGCCAGAGAUGAGAUGGAAAGAAAAUUGGCUGAAGUCGAGCAGAGAGAGAAAGAUUUUGCUCAGGGAGCGGGACAGCAGAUUAAUAAAUUACAAGCUGCUGUUUUUGAAAAACAGGAGAUGCUUGCUGAAGCACUGGCUGCUCUUGAGGAAAAAGAUGAGAAACUGCAAGCGCUGAUGAAACAGUUAAACAGGCAAAAAGCACAGACUCGUGCCGUGUGUGAGGAUUCUGCUCAGCAGCUCAGCGCUAUGCCUCAAUCAACAGGUCAACAUUCCAACCUUAAGAGUCCUGUUGGUAGUUUAGAACAAAAAAGCCUGGACUUAAUGCAGAAAACCCUGUGUCUUUCCGGUAGCUUGAAAGAAAGAGAAGAGGAGCAUGGAGGAAAUGCCUUAUUACUCUUGGACACCAAAGAAGAGUUGGAAAGGGAAUGUAUGUCACUGGAAGCAAAGGAGGAACAUUCAGAAUGUGCUUUAAAGGAUCAAGCUUGCUAUUCUGAAGUGGAAAAAGCCACAUUUGAAACGCCAGACAGACAGUUGAUGAGCAAACAUGAGGUACUACGGGCUGUGUCUUUGGAGGGAAAAAAUAGCAUUUUGCUUUAUAAUCCUGAAAAACAUCAAAGUGUACCUGAAGAAGCUAAGAUUUUGGAACAGGAGGGGUCAGCAUAUAAUAAAAUGCAGCAUUGUGACCUUAUCUUGAUGGAAGAGGAUGGGCAACUGGUCAAGGAAAUGAAAAGAGGAAAUGAGUAUGCACUAAGUGACUUUCCAUUAGAUAAAGUUGUCCUGCAACAGCUGAAAGUAUCAGUAAAAGAAAAAGAGGAUGAACUGAACAAAUACCAAGUGAAGCUUGAGAUGCUUCAAAUGGAUCUUGAAGAUAAAGAAGCCUCUGUAGAAGAUUAUUGUGAGGAAAUAAAGCAGCUAAAGACUGUACUGAGAACUGUGGAAAUUAAAAUGGAAGAAAGUGAAAAUGAAAAUGAGAGAUUGAAACUUGAACUGCAAGAUCUUAAAAAUCUGGAAAGUUCAGCUCUAGGAAUGACAAAUGAAGAUGGGAAGAACCAAUUAUCAGUCUGUUUUAGCAUGUUUACUAAGGACAUCCUUAACCAACAAGCAGAUGCCAAGCAUGCAUCAAUUUCUCCUGAUCUGAUGCUUAGCCAAAAUGAUUAUGACCAACUGGUAUAUUCCUUACACAUAAUGCUGAGCAAGCUAAAUGAGUUGGAGAAAAUGUGUGAACACCUGCAGGUAGAAAAAUCAAGAUUAGCAUCAGGGCUGAAAGACUUGCAUUUGGAAGGCGUGAGGAACACAGAUACUGUGACACAAGAACUCAUAUACAAAAUGAAUAACUUAAAAGAACAGAGAGCUACUUCUUCUGAUGAAAAAAUUAAUCAGAAUAGAAUGGGCGUAGAAUGUUGUGAUGUACUUAACUAUGAAGAUUUGAAAUUAUUCACUCAAGAAAUCAAAAUACUCUUUGAUAAAGUCAAGGAAACAGCCGUGUCUGUGAAAAAUGAAUAUGAAAUCUCCUGUGGGGAGAACUUGAGAAUCAGCUCCAACAUAUCAGAGCUUCAGUGUUAUGUUGAAAGGCUUAAAGAAAACAAUAUGGCUGCAGGCUUCAUUGAAGUUGAUACAACAUCAUUCACAAGUGAAGUGAUUCCAGGACCAGUGGAUCAAGAAUGUCAGACAGAGGGAGAGUUCUGUGUGGGAUUUCCAUCCUGGAGUGAAACCAGAAAUUGUACAAAAGCAGUUCCUUCAGAGGUCAACUUUGAUGUCGAAGUGUGCACACCAUCAAGCAAAACGGACGGAGGAAAUAGUAACAGACAAGCUACAGUAGAAUGUACAACUAACCAGCACGGCCAAUCUUUUGUGGAGGAUGCUGCAGGUGUGUCUGCCGUCAAGCAGGAAUGCAUUGUAGCUAAAAGACAUGAUCUAAAAAAGACUGUUGAACGCUUGCUGUGUGAGACUCAUGGAAAGUCCUCCAAAAUGCCUGAAGAAUCCUUCAGGUCUUAUAAAAAUCUGGAAGAUGAAGAGAUAAAAAAGAUUCAAGAAAUGCUCCUUUGCACAAGGAAGGAAAUAGAUGGCCUCCAAACUGUAUUUGAUAAGCAACAGUGGCAACAAAAACUAAAUAAUGUAGUCCUGCAGGUGGCAUCUAAUAUGAAAGCUGAGAAGAAGCACCCUGAGAAAGCAGAAGGGCACCUACCAGGCCUUGCUUUAAGUUCCACGGCUCUGCUCUCUGUUAACACUGAACAACAAGCGUGGAUUAGUGCUGAGCAAGCAGUGGAUCCCUUGUGGCCAUUGGAAAUAAGUGCUUUGCCUAAUGAAAGCAUGGUCGUUGAAGCUGCGAGUGAUGAAAUGAUAACAAAAAGCUAUCAAGUAAACAGAACAGAAGACGAGACAACUACUUAUGAAGCAAAUCUCAGUAUAAAAUCUCCAGAAAAAUUGGUUUUGGACAUAGAAUCCAGAAAAGUAGUGGAUGAAUGCACAUUUCCUACCAAUUAUCCCGAGUUAUUAUUUCCUUCAAAUCCCAGCAUGGGCACAGUGGGUGUGAGCUUCUUGGAAAACAGUGGGACCACUGCAGUGCCUCAUCAACAAAUUGAGCAGGCUAGUCAUCAAAAGUCUGAGUCUUCCCAGGAUGUGGAAGAAGCCAGCAGGAGAACUGAUACUCUGUUAAUGGAGAUUCAAUAUUUAAAGUCACAUUUGGAGUCAAAGGACAAAGAGUUGUCUGAAAAAAUAAUUACUUGUGUAGAGUUGGACAAAACAACUAGGGUGCUUGAACAAGAAAAGGCAGACUUAAGUGAGGCACUUAAAUCUGUUACUUUUGAUAACCAGCAAUUAUCUUAUAAUCUUAUGACUCUUGGGAUAGAACUUAACAAGGUUAAAUCUGAUUUGGAAAUGUAUAAGCUUAGACUGUCUGAUACAAUGGAUACACUAGAAGAUUUAGAAAUGACCAAGGUAGACUGGACUGAGAGGCUCCUUGAAACAGAGAAUGAACUGAGGAGGAUAAAGUCUGAGAAAACUAACGUUGAGAACCACGCUCUCUCCAUGGAGGCUGAUGUUGAAGAGCUUCACUUAAAGAAUGAGCAGUUAGAAAGAGAAAAUGAAAAUAAGCUGAAAACUGUUUUAGGCCUUCAAGAGCAGCUUCAGAUAAUCACAACUGAAAGAAACCAAUUUACGCAAGAUCUGAGGGAUUUGUCAAAGGAUAAAGAAGAAUUGGAUCAAAUGUGCCAAAAAAUGCAAGAGACUAUAAAAGAGCUGGAGUCACGUCAGGUGGAUUCUGCUGAGUUUAUCAGGAUAUUAGAAGCUGAAGCUAAGACCCAGACAAAAUUGCUUCAGGCCAUGAAGACCGACACUGAUCUGUUAUCAGCAGAAAAAGACUGCCUCAUGGGGCAGCUAGAGAAUUUGGAUAAGCUCGUGAGGGAUCUUGCACUAGAAAAAGAGGCAGCAGAAAGCCAAAUAAAGUACCUGAAAGAGGAAAGAGAAGCAGACCUUCGGCAGUACGAAACGUUGCACAGCAAGCUGAGUAUCUCUGAAAUGGAAAACAGCAAGAUAACCAAGUCUUUAGAAGGAUCACUAAUAGAGAAGGGAGAACUUGCAGCUAGACUGAAUUCUGCCCAGGAAGAAGUGGAUCAGCUGCGACAGGGUAUUGAGAAACUGAAAACAAAAAUAGAAUCUGACGAAAGGCAUAAGCGUCAACUGGCUGAAAAGCUGCGAGAGAGUAGGCGGAAGGCAGACUGUCUUGUAGACAGAAUCCAGAACCUUCAAAGAGAAUUGGAGAUGACAGAAGAGAACCUAGAAGAUGCCAUUCUUCAGGCAGAGGUGGCUAAAGCAGAGACUGAAAGAGUGAACUCCGAGGUGGACCACAUGCGUGCGGUUUUGCAAAGUGUAGAAUUUGAAAGGGAUGCCUUAAAGUCGGCAAAACAGUGUCUAGAGAGACAACUCAUGGGAGAGCAAGACAAAGUGGCCAGUUUAGAAGGUGGUCAUUCUAUACUUGUGAAACAAUUGGAAGAUAAGGAGAAGGAAAACACAGAACUUCGAGGCAAAUAUGAAAACGCAGUGAUAGCAAUGGAAUCCCAGUUGAACCAGGUGCAUGAACAGGCUGAGCAGUCCCUUAAGAAGCAAAACAUUUGCAAGGGAAAAGAACAGGAUUUCAUCAAUCAAGUAACUUCUCUCAAAUAUGAGAAUAUGUCCUUGGGUCAUCAGCUGGAGGAGGCAGAUCACAAGGAUUCUGAAAUUGAACAACCGAUAGAAGCCCUCAUCCAGGAAUGCCAAGUUUUCAUACAAAGAUUAGAGGAAAAUGCUUCCCUUCUUGAGCCUUUACCAAAAAAUGAAAUUUCUCAGGCUCUUUUUGAGGAGCCUUUUGAACAUCGUGAGGAGGAGUUGGAAGCUACGACAUCUGAAAAAUAUGCCUACCUUGGGAAGAUAGAACAUUUAAAAAAAGAAUGUAACAUCUUUUAUUGUAAAUACCAACAAUGGUUAAAAACCUUCGGGCAGCUAAAGCAGGAAAACAAACUGAUGAGGAAACAGAUUGAAGAACUUGAGGGUCAGCUGAAGAGCUUGGAUCCAGGUUCUCAAGAGGAUGCUGUUGCAGACGAGAUGGAAGAGUUGAGGGAAUCAGCUGAAGCAAAAAACACAGAGGCAGAUCAUACCCUGGAGAAGUACUGUGCCCUGAUCAUUAAUCACCAUAAAUUAGAGGAAGAAAAUGAGAUGCUAAGAACACAAGUCUUUCUUCUGAACAGUCGCCUGAAGCAGUCAUCAGAUGCCUCCGGUUCUCCUGACCAGAGCCCCACAAAAAUUGCCAGCAGGCUGCCUACAGAAAAAGCGUCUCCUGAAAAUAGUACGACAGUUGCUGGAAAGUGGCAACAGUGCCAGGCAAACAGAAGCAACGGCAAAAAGUCAAGAUCUUUACAAGAGACGGUCACAGUAAUGAGGACUGUUUUCCAACAGCAUGGCUCAGUAGGGCCCAAAGACAGCGCAAAGCAGGAUGAGGGAAUGAGGGAAAAUGGAAGCAGCAGUCCUUAUUUUUCCCAUUUAGCAUUUCCAAAGACGAUUCCCUGUGUUGUCAACCUGAGCAUGAGAUCACCAUCGUUUCCAAUUGAGAAAGAUGACAUGCAUGAGAAUCUUAAAGCAACAGCAGAGGGCAGCAAAAUACAAAAGAUGAACAAUGCUCUGAUGCAAGAAAGACAAAGUCCAAGUUCGCCCCUGGGGUUUACUCCCCGAUCUCCUCUUUCUGCCUACAAUCCGUCGCUCCAGGUAGAAGCUGGAAGAUCUGCUGAGUACCUGAACACAACCACAGCUAAACAUUCCCUAAGUUCAGAAGAAAAUGAGCUGGACAAAGCCUGCCAUGUCCAGUAAAACCACAAGUACUCCUGCCAUUUCCACUGGCCAUACUGGCUGGGAGUUUCUAGGACUUGUAGUAUUUGGAGUUUUUUUUUUU